UAAAUUUGCAUAAAGGAAAGGGGGCAAAAAAAAAAAAAAAAAAAACCCUAAUGUUUCUCAAGCGGAGGAGCUAAAUUGAGCGGACUGAGGAGGAGAUAUCUCCGGAUUAGUCUUCAUUUGGUCUGCUGUGUUUUUGGUUGAUUAGUGAAGGAAAGGAGUGCCCUUUUUGCUGAUUCAUAGGUAUAGAUUCUCUUUUUGAGCUGUCCUUCUUUGGUUAGUGAAGGAAAAGUAGGGAUCUUUGUGUGAAUCAGUUUGUUUCCAGGUGAAUUAGGCGAGUCAAGGAAAACCAAUUCAUUAAUAAAUUUAAAAAAAGUUUUUUUUUACUGGUUUUGGAUCUUUCUGUGGAAUCAUUUUGUGAGUUGGGGAAUGGGGAAGCCAACUACUAAGAAGAAGAAGCAAUCCAGUGCCAAAACAAUUGAGUCUAGCUCGAGACACAGUCGCCCUGUCGAUCACACCCCUAAGGUGUUUGAUGAAGAAACCUCAAUCUUUAUCGACAUGUCUCAUGACUUAAAAGAAGAAGGCAACAGAUUGUUUCAGAAGAAAGACUAUGAAGGUGCCACUCUCAAAUACGAAAAGGCCAUCAAGCUACUUCCUAGGAAUCACAUCGAUGUUGCCAACCUCCGAAGCAAUCUUGCUUCAUGCUUCAUGCAAAUGGGCCCUGGAGGUUACCAGCAAGCGAUCAACGAGUGCAAUUUAGCCCUUGAAGUCUCUCCUAAGCACACAAAAGCUCUUUUGAAGAGGGCGAAGUGUUAUGAAUCUUUGAGCUGGUUGGGUUUGGCCCGUAGAGAUGUUGGUUCGGUUUUGGCUUUGGAACCGAAUAACCUCACAGCUUUGGAGAUUUCAGAGAGGAUCAAGACGACGAUGGAGCAGAAGGGGAUCAAGUUAGAUGAUAAGGAAAUGAUUUUGCUCCCAGAAAUUACGGCCACAAAGGAAAAGGUGGGUAAGAGCAAAAAUAGAAAAAAGAAGAGUCAUAAGAGAGAAGAGAAGGUGGUUGAGGAGGUGAAGAAGUUUGAUAAUAGUAAGGAUAAUACUGUCAAAAAGGAAGAACCGAUGAGACCUGUGAAAUUGGUUUUUGGGGAAGAUAUAAGAUUUGCUCAAAUACCUGGUAAUUGUAGUGUAUCACAGUUGAGGGAGAUUGUUCGCAAUCGGUUUCCCAGCUUAAAGGCCGUGCUUAUCAAGUUUAAGGAUAAAGAAGGUGAUUUGUUGACGAUUACGACAUCUGAAGAGUUAAGGUGGGCUGAAGAAUCUGGAGAUCCAUUAGGAUCUGUUAGGCUUUACAUCACAGAAGUUGAUCCAGAGCAUGAGCCAUCCUUUGAUGUAGAAAGUAAAGGAUCUGAAACUCAAGGAUCAAAUAGAAAUAUGAAUGGUUUCUCUGAAAAUGGGAGCAUCAAACAUGAUGAGGAGAGUGCUGCCUCACCUUGCCUUGAUACCUGGAUCAUUCAGUUCGCUGAAUUGUUCAAGAACCAAAUGGGCUUUGAUUCUGAUGCUUGUUUAGAUCUUCAUGAACUUGGGAUGAAGCUAUAUACUGAGGCUAUGGAGGACACAGCUACAAGUGAAGAAGCUCAGGAAAUAUUUGAUGUUGCUGAGAAGAAGUUUCAGGAAAUGGCAGCUCUUGCGUUGUUUAAUUGGGGUAACAUCCACAUGUCCCGAGUUAGAAAGAGGAUAUUCUUGCCAGAAAGUGCUCCGAAAGAAUCAAUACUCGAACAAAUAAAGUCAUGUUAUGAAUGGGCCCGAGGAGAGUAUGUAAAAGCUGGAAAGAGAUAUGAAGAGGCUUUGAAGAUCAAGCCGGAUUUCUAUGAAGGCCUUCUUGCACUUGGUCAACAACAGUUUGAGCAAGCAAAGCUUUCUUGGUAUUAUGCUAUCGGGAGCAAGGUAGAUUUGGGUACUUGGCCAUCAACCGAAGUUUUGGAGCUUUUCAACAAUGCUGAGGAUAACAUGGAGAGUGGCACAGAGAUGUGGGAGGAGAUGGAGGAGCAACGCUUGAAGAACAUCUUGAAACCCAACAAGGAGAAAGUGCUUUUUGACAAAAUGGGUUUAGGUGCAUUCUUUAAGGACUUAUCUAAUGAUGAAGCCGCUGAACAGGCUUCAAGCAUGCGUUCACAGAUAAAUCUUUUGUGGGGAGCUAUCCUUUAUGAGCGAUCAGUUGUAGAAUUCAAACUAGGGCUUCCAAUAUGGGAAGAGUGCCUCAUGGCAGCUGUGGAAAAAUUCAAGCUGGCAGGAGCUUCACCCACUGAUCUUGCUGUUAUGAUAAAGAACCAUAUUGCCAAUGAAACGACCCAAGAAGGUGUGGGCUUCAAGAUUGAUGAAAUAGUUCAGGCUUGGCAUGAAAUGUAUGAUGCCAGAAGGUGGAUAGGUAGUAUUCCAUCUUUUAGGCUUGAACCUUUAUUUCGAAGGCGAGUGCCAAAACUGCAUAAUAUAUUGGAGCACAUGUGAGUCUAGUGGAAACUGAUUGUCACAGCGGUGUUAUUUUCUGCGUGGGUGCUCGAGGUGUGCGUGCUGCUGAUUUGUUUAGGUCUGUUGCUGUGUUGGUCUUACGACAAGUUUUGUGUGCUUUUUACAAAGAAUAGCAAGAAAUUAUUAGAUGUCAUUGGUCAUACCCGUGCGACUAUAUACUAUACAUAUCAUUCAUGGCUUGCAUUGGGUUACGAGAACCUUAUGCAGCAUUGUUAUUUUUUCCUUCUAUUCAUUUUUUUUAAUACCCAGAAGCGCAAACGACUUGUGGGUCUCUCUCUACUUUUGUUUCAGAGGUGAAAACGAUAUCGAGCUUGAUUGUUUUCCUCUUAAUAUCUGGUGAUGAUAUGUUAGUGUCUACCCCCUCCAUAUUGAAUGAUCGAAAACACUUGGGUAGUGAUUGCCUGUUGUUAUUCCUGUCAUGCCUGAUAAAUUAACAUCGGGUUUGUACUGUUGUUAGUGUUUGUAAAACAUCAAUAUCAAUGGUUGAAAAGAAAAUUUGAAAUGUUUUAAUGA